GCGGCCUGUGGCGCUAGCUCCUUAUGGGACGACCAUCUCGAUGUUGACAGGUAGCUCAUGCUGUCGACAGCAUUCUUGCUCUUAUAAAAUUGGUCAAACAUAAAUCUACUUCGAUAGCCAUUGGGGUCCCCAUCACGGCCCAUACACAAUCAAAUCCACAGCAGCCACGAUGCCGACGCCAUUAGACCGAGCCAUGAAAUCCAAAAACGCCGUCCUCGCCUUUGGCGGUUUGGUGACAGGCGUUGCUGUGUGGGCAAUUUGGGGAGGCGACUUGUUUCCGCAGGAACAAGACCCUAAAGGCGCCCCAGAGACUUGGUCUAGAGAAGAGCUUCGGCGAUGGCUAGCUGCGCGAAACCUCCAUCCUCAAGAGUCGGACAGCAGAGAUCAGUUGCUCGAGCGGGUGCAGGCGAAUAUGAGGAUUCCGAGGAAUUAAUAUUAUUGCCACCAUGAAAGGCAUGUCAAGACAGCUUGCCCCAGCCAGCGUUCCCGAUCCACGCCAAAACACUCAUGGGUCGGAAAGCAAGCUGUGGCGUUUUAGGGGUCCGGUAGCGGUGCCAAGUAGUACAUUGGAUAUCGAACUGGGUUCGAAGAUGUAGAUUUAGAAUGGCUUGGGGAGUUGUUUUGCAGCAUAUUACAGAUACCAAAGGGCUUUCGUCGUCAGUUGAGAGACAGAACAAGUUCAACAGUUGUG